AUUUUGUUUGAACGAAGUCACAAAAAUGUCUCUGAGGUGCGUCGUGUUUUGUAUUUCCGCUUUCCUAAUACAAACAAUAUCAAGCCAGUGCGUUGGCUACGGAUCUAUUUCACCAUGCAACGGGAACUUCCCAUCUUCUGUCAAUCUACCACAACCUGGCAUGACCAUCUGCUCGGACAACCUGAUCAUCGAAGGUCCUGUCUGUAUCCAGGGAAGAGUUCCAUUUUCAGCCACCGUUGCUGUGGAAGGCCAGUUUCCCACCUCUGGCUACGGAAAGGUCACCUACGAAUGCGGUAAUGACUUCGGCCUCACCAACCUUCCUCUGGGGUAUGGUGGACGCGGUGGUAAUUGCGGCUGUGGUAGGCAAUUUUAUUAGUUGUUUGGAAAUUUUGAUAUAACAUGUUCAGUGUUGAGACAUGAGAAAAAAUGUAUAAAGAAUAAAGUCGAAUAAUAAAAGUUGUUAAUUUGCA